CUUCAAUGCAUUUUCCAUUUGCUGCAGAGAAGAGAUCUCGACACAUUUGAAUUCUAUUACUCCGGUCCAGAACAGGAGCCGAAGGCCAGACCUUAGCUGAGCAGGUGCAUACCCGUCAACAUUUUCACCCGUCUUUAAAAUAAACCCCCGAGCUCUCUCACGGAGAGAUUUAUUUAGUUUAUUUCCUCUCACCAAAACUCAUGCCGAUUGGCGAUGUUGUCUGCAUCCGGGGCGCAAGUCUCCGCUACAAGGUCAUUGCCGUUACUGGCUCAACGAUUACGAUCAUUGUCGUGAAUCCACAACCAGACGGCCAAUACUUGCCAUUCAAUUCCAUGUCCCUCCAAAGUGUCGACGAAUCAAGGUUAGAAAAGGUUGAGACCUAGCUAAGCCAUGCUCAAGGCUGAUUGUGAUCAGGGAGGUACGGGGUCGUUUAGACAUGAGGGAUAGUUAUGUUUAUGUUGGAAGUCAAAUUUCACC